AUGGCACCAAGCUAUGUCAGCCUUGUUACGGAGGCUAAUUCACUGCUCGAAAAGUUCAGCGCUAGCAGACAGUGUUUGGAUGACUUCAUUGAGGAUGCUUCAAAGGAUCUCCAGGUAAUAUAAGAACAGUGUGAUGGUUACCUUUGUAAAACAAAAUUCACAAAAUUGUGCUCGAGUAAACAAACAAAAUGUGCACAACAAUCACAAAUAUAUAUCGCAAAGUCUAUAGGGGCGUUCAGACCAGCCGCGACCUGGCGACGGCAAGCAAACAAAAGCCCUAAAACUAUGCUUUCUUUCUGUUUUGCUUGGCUGUAGUUCCUGCGUUUCUUUUUCACAAAUCUCGACAAGAUGCAAGAAGAAUGGAAUAAAAUCUAUGAUUCUGCAUUUGUUGAUAAACACUGGAUUGGCCCUCUGUUGAGGUAAGAGCAGGACACUUUUAAGACAAUGAAAGUUGUUCACAGUCAAAGAUUUCUAUGUUUGUCCUUUAGAUGGCGCCCUGAGAUCAACAAACUCUUGGAUGAGCUUUCUUUGAAACUAUCUCGAGGGUAUCGAGUGAAAAAAGGCCAAAUUAAAACCACACAACCCAGGAAGUUUUUCGCUCACCAAACCACCAAACUCCCCAAGCUCAACAUUGCAGCAAUUCUGAGGUAG